UUUCCCAGUUCGUUCAAAUGGAUUAAGUAUACAAUUUGGAGAAAUUUCAUCAAACUGACUCGUGAAUAUCCUACUAUAUAAAAGGAGCUAAAUCAUUGCUUCCUAAGCCUUUCCACAUGUGCACAAAUAUUCAGGAUCAACCAAUAUGCCAGGUCAUCACGAAGUGGGCCAAUUAAAAAAAACGAAAUCUUCGCGGCCCAGUCCAUAGCCUCAUCUCGCAGCCUUUCUUGAUACGGAUUUUGUCACAGCCCAUUAAACCCAACUCCCAGACCAAUCCAGAGACGCUCUUACGGUUCGGGUUAUAUCGCCCCUUUCUCUGAAAUCAUCAUCCCUAACCCGAAGCGCCGUCUCGAUCUCUUUCUCGAUUCUCUUCCUCUCCCCCAACUCAUCCCCCAUAACCCCUCCGAUGAGAGUUCUGGUACUUCAAUGUGCUCUCAUAAAUCCUCCAUUCAAGAUCCCUACAGACCUUCCACAUCCCCUCUCCGUCUCGAUGAUAUCUAGAUCCCUAUUUAUACCCUUACCUCAGAUCGUAAAAUCCAUACCCGUACCUCAGAUCGUAAAAUACAUACCCUCAUCAUGGCGACAACGGCGAAAACGACUGCGAUCCGCACCGGCAAAGCUUCUCCUCCUCACCUCUUCCGACAUGUUUCACCAGGGCCAGACGAUUCCACCUUGAAGUUUAGGCUUCUUCAUUUAUGGGAAGCUCGCAAGAAUAUCAAAGGAGGACCAGGGAUCCUUCUUGGGAUCGAGAUGCUUAUGAUCGAUGCGGAGGUAUGUCUUUAUUUUUUCAUUAUAUUAGCGAACAUUAGGUUGAGAUGUUAGCGUAUGUUGGAAAACAAAAAUUUGAUUGAUUCAUAAAAAACUUGAUUGAUUAAACUAAAAACUUGAUUGAUUCGUUUGAAUUAUAUUACCGUCUCUUUGAUUGGUUUUCCUUGGCCUCUUUUUGAGAAAAAAAAAUUGAUUGAUUCGUUUGAAUUAUAUUAGUGUAUCUUCGAUUGAUUAGAGAGAUUUGUUUCUGUUGCUUUAAACGCUUAUAAUUUUAAUCACUCUGAAAAAAACACUUGGUUUUGCUUAUCUUUUAUUAUAUAUUAGCUUAUCUUUGAUUGGUUUUUCUCUUUCAUUAUUCACUUGAGAGUGCUUUGAUAGAGAUCAGAUUAGUAUAGAACAUGGCUUCGUGUAAUACCAAAACUGUAAAGUUUGUUUUUGUUGGCGCUUAUAAUUUUAUAUCACUCUGGAAAAAAUUGAUUGAUUCGUUUGAAUUAUAUUGGCGUAUCUUUCAUUGAUUAGAGAGAUUUGUUUUCUGUUGCUCUAAACGCUUAUAAUUUUAAUCACUCUGAAAAAAACACUUGGUUUAGCUUAUCUUUGAUUAUCUUUUAGCUUAUCUUUGAGUGGUUUUCAUCUUUCAUUAUUCACUUGGGAGUGCUUUGAUAGAGAUCGGAUAAAUAUUUGAACGCUUAUAAUUUUAGUUGAACGCUUUCAACUGACUCGAUAUUGUAUCUCUGUUCUGUAGGGUACUUUGGCUCAGGGGUUCAUCGGUCAGAACCGUCGCAACCAGUAUGAGAAAGAGCUCCAGCGUGGGAGCAUCUACACACUGACAAACUUCUAUGCAUCCAACAGCAAGGUGAUGUACCAUGUUGCUGAUCAGAGGCUGGUAAUUUGCAUCUCACACCCUUCUGCCCUGUCAAAGGAUGAAGAAGACAUUGAAGGCAUUUUGACAGAGCGCUUCAGGGCCCGUUCCUUUUCAGAAUUUGAAGCCAACUGCGAUCUCAGAGGGGAUCUUCACGGUACGGUUUAAAUAUUUUCUUAUCAUGUUUAACCAUUCCAAUCGGUUAACUUUGUAUUGCGUGUAACUGUUUGUUGUAGAUGUUGUUGGCCACCUUAAGCUGGUUGAUGGCCAGUCUCUCCAUCAGCAUCCGGUUUUGUGCACCAAUGAUGACUCAACUUCUCGGAAAGUGAUGGUCCAUUUGCAGCUUAAAGAGUAAGCUGUUGUAGUUCGACCAAUACAGAAAUAUCAUUUUCUAAUUUAUAAUUCUUACUUAAAUUAAACAUCUACUCUUUGUUAACUGCAGCGGUCCAGUGAUGAACGUCUAUCUAUGGGACGAGGCCGCUGAAAGUUUCCGCCUCAAGUUUGACUCAAGUGCAGCCACUCCAACUGUUCUAUUGGUCACAACGGUCAAUCCUAAGAGGCUCGAUGGGAAAUUGUGCCUAAGUUCAAUGUCCUCUUCAAGAGUGUUUUUGGAUGAAGAGGUUGACCCCACCAAUGAAUACUUGGCCUGGUUGACCACGAACCCUUCUGUAACUUCUUUGGUGAACCCUGUUGAGGUGGUCAAAGCUGAGACUCUCAAAAUAGGUGAGAUUGCCGCCUUCCUCAAGCGUCAGCCUGCUCAGGUUGCCUACUUUGACUGCAUUGCCACAAUUGAUGAUGUCAAGCUUGGCACUGAGUGGUAUUACAUUGCUUGCAAGGAUUGCCAGACCAAGUUAAACUGUGGGCCGACAACAUUACUUUGUCCAAAAUGCGGGAAUGAAAAUGCUACUGCAGUAGCCAAGUAAGUUUCUCCUCUCAAAUAUGUUUUCAAGCGACAAUGUAUAUACUAAUCAUUUGGUUUUUAACCAUCUAUCGGGUGGAGCUGUCUGUCUAUGAUAAUGAUGAGCAGUGCACGUUCAUCAUUCUCGGAGAUGCUGGGAAAGAUCUCACAGGCAGGAAAGCAACAGAGUUGAUCGACGCUUAUGUUCAGGAAAAUGGUGGAGAUGCGGCUGAGCUUGAAGUUCCACUGCCACAGUGUUUCAUUGAUACAAUAGGCCAGACAAAGAAAUUCAGGAUCAAGGUGGCUCACUACAACUUCACUUCUACCCGACUGUCCUUGAUCGCUACCAAGAUAGUCUCACCAUCAGAGUUACCACCAAAGAAUCCCCCACUCAAGACGCCACCAGGAACUGAAGUGGAGAACACAGAGUUGGCUGAGAGUAGUGGUGGUGGUGCUUCAGCUAUUGACGACCAGAAGAAAGCAAAGCGUACCAAGCGUAGUGGCUAGAUCACAUGCAGAAUGGUCACUCUAUCAGUGGCUGGUACAGACUGCCCAAUCAGGAUGAUUUUCUAAUAACAGUCUACUUAUCUCUCUUUAAUCAGUUUGUUUUUGCUUCUUGCUAAGACAAUUUAGGAUUGGAAACACGUUAUGGUUUGGUUUUCUUAUUUGAGUUAUUUGGUUUUUAUUCAUAGCUUUGUUAUGAAGUUUAAGAAUGGUCAGCAUUAUCAUAUUAAAGUUGUUUGGUUUUCAUUCCUAACUUAUUAAAGUUGUUUGAUCAGCAUGCAUUUUACAUACGUAUACGUACUUAAGAACCUAAUGCAUGCAUGGAUUGGUUUAUGUCCAUGCUGAUAUUAAUUUAAUUAAAGCAACUGUAAUAUUAGCUGCAUACUGAUUUGUAUACGUUGUUGGAGGUUUUUUUAAUUUAUAAAUUCAUUUUUGAAUUAAAACAUUAUUAGUAUUGAUAUAUUAAUUUAAUACUUUAAUCCAAAACUAUAAUAAUAACAAAUAUACACAUUAUUAGUAUUGAUAUAUUUCAUCAUUAUAAUUGUUUGCAAAUGUAGAUUUUCCUAUUAUGUAGAAGAUGCUUUUUAAAAAAAACUGAUGACCGCUUCAAACAUCUUCGCAUUAUAAAAUAAACAAAACUUAGCUUUCCCUUUCAAAAACUCCAAAACUCCAAAUUUUAAUUGAGCCGAUUUUUAUUAAACAUGUAAUCCGCGCAAAGCGCGGACACCGACCCUAGUCUAUUAUAAAGGUAUCUGUAACAUAACAACAGUCUUAUCUCACCUGAAACUUGUCACUGUAAAACCAAAAUAGAUUUUAUCACAGGUCAAUAGUGUGAAAUUUAUUAAAACUAAUAAAAUGUCUUCAAACAAUAUACCAAUAAUUAGAAGAUUCCAAGUUAAGAAAAGUUAAUCAGAGGGAUAGUACUAAUUAAAAGGAGUAAGAAGUAUAUGAUUAGAUUCAGGUAACCUUGGAUUUAUGGAGUCUUGAAAAGUCAAAGGACGAUGGCUUCACGUAAGUUUAGACAAACAUGGACAUACGUCACUACAAACGUCACCUUUCUUUUUCCUUUGGAACCUCCUUUCCCUUUAGACCAUGAUUAUCGCUGCACGGUUUCGUAGGUCGAUUUUUAAUUUUUAAAUUUUUUUUUUUUGCUGAUUAAAAAAAAAAAAAUUUAAAAAUCGAACCAAUCGUGGGCCGUCACAUGUCAAUGGGGCCCACAAACAGUGCAAGAAUUGCACCAAAGUCGAUCCUUAUUUAGACACCGUUUUUAACCCAAAAGUUGAGACCCCCAACUUAAAAACCCCACUUAUAUCAUGCGAUAAUCAUGCCCUUAGCUUUACAAACAGAGUACAAUUUCUUAAUUUUUGUUUUCUCAUUAAUUGGCAAAUUAUAAUCAUAAUAUAAGUAUUCUCUGUGUUGGGACAAUAGAGAGCACACUGAAAAUCCUAGUUACAAUUUUCUCAAAACAUACUAGCGCUAUACUAUUUUUUUCCUUUGAAC